AAAAAAUAUAUAUAAAAAGCCCUUUAUUAUGAAUCUGUAUCACAAAAGCUCCCCACUAUGAACCCGUAUCAACACUGUUCCACGGGCUCUACGCCACAUGACGGCCCACAAAUGGUUCGGCUACUAACUUUUUUUUUUAAAGUCAAACGAAAAAAAUUAAAAUAAUCAAAAGUGCAUAUUGGGAAUCGAGACUGGUGGAAUUUGCUGAUGGGAGUGCUCUAAGAAAGAAAAAGGUUGAAAUAGUCAUUAGAUAAAUUUACCAUUUUCUAUCGAAAUAAAAAGUAAUUAGAUAAAGAGAAAUGAGAAAUUCCUUAAAAUAACCAUUUUCACUUUAUGAGGUGAUGUUUUGGUGAUAUGGUUUCAAAUUUUAAAAAAUAAAAAAUAAAUAUUAAAAAUAUUAAAAUAAAAUAUGUUAUUUUGGUCAUUUUUUUUCUUAAGUGAUAUUUUUGUGAUAAAAACUUUAAAAAAAGUUAUUUAGGACAAUUGCCCUAAAGAGAUUGAUAUAAUACAUAUUAGACUUACGGACCAAAAAGUCAAGCGAAUACAUUUAGAACAUCUUUAUCGCUCACUUUUGAGCGUCUCUUAGAGAGUAGGGCCCACAGUUCAGAAGAAAACGGUAUGUUAUGUGUGCAAAAUAAGAAACGUGUGUUGUGUAUUUUUUGCACUGUUCGCGGACCUCAGCGACACGUGGCGGCCCGUGAUUGGUGUACUUUUUAAAUUUUUUUUUAAAUCAAAAAAAAUAAAAAAUAAAUAAGAAACCCUUAAUGGGGUUUAGGGAUAAAGAUGCUAUUAUGUAUGAAAACAAAAUUCUAAACGUGUUUAGGAUCAAUACUAUUAAAAGGGAAGGAGUCUUAAGAAAUCUACAUAUAAAAGUUGUUUGAACCAUUUCAUUUAACUUAUUAUUUUUUUGGUCUUACCUUAAACUUAGACUAACAAUAUGUUACCAUAUAUUUCUCAAACAAUAAUUUAUUCAAUUCUUUUAUUUAUUCAAAUAUCACUCCUAAAUUUUAAUCAUUACUAUUACUAUAUUUACCAUUUUGGCUUUUAAUCAUAAAAGAAUUAAAACUAAUGUUUUAUAUUAUCACUUUUAUCAUAUAAUAUAUAAUUUAAACCAAGAGAAAUUACACCACAUAUAUGUGUACAUUCUAGCUUCCUCUUUCCUUUAUAAUAACGUAAUCAUAUCAUAUAUAAACUUUCCUAUUAAAAUCUCAUAUUAUAUACUAAACUUUCAACCGUCUAUAGUUUGAUAGAUAUUUUCAUAUUUAAAAAUGAGUUUUCUAAAAAUAUUUCAUCAAUCAUGUUUUUGUACAAUAACAUUAAAAAUCUAUAUCAAAAGAUUGUUGGACCCGAUAUAGACGUAAUGGGUCCACACCUGUUCGGAUAUUUAGGAUCCUAAGAAAAUUUGAAAUAUCUAAAAAAUCUGAAAAAUAUCUGAAACACGAAAAUUACUUGAAACUCCAAACAAAUACCAAAAAAAAUUCAAAUACCUAAAAGUUCAUAAUCUAAUUCAAAAUGUGUCACUGAACUGAAAAUACCAAUUUUUUUUUAAUUUGAAAAUUUACCUGAAAUCAAAAACUAUAAUCGUAAACCAAAAACCUAAAAAAAAUAUCCAUAAUGCUGGAAACAUAUUCAAAAUAUCCAAAUAUACCUAAUAAACAUAACAUAUUUAUGAUCGGGUCUAGGGUAGGAUCCGGACUCAAAGGGUCCAAUAAAAAACCCCAAUAGGUUAUAUUUUCUGGACCUGAACGAAACCUAUAUUUCUAGGUCGGCUCGGUUUGUUUUUUUAUCUGGAUAUAAUUCUCAUGGCUAAAAGAAAUUUACGUAAAUGUGUACAUAUAAAAUAUCAAAUAAACUAAUUCAUAGAUUAUAUAACUGUUAAAAAUUAUAUUUUCGAUAUUAUAAGACUUUGUAUUAUAAUAUAAUCCAAAAAAUCUGCGCUUUCCAAGCGCGGAUCAAAAUCUAGUUUCUAUUUAAUAUAGUAAUUAGAUAAAGAGAGAUGGGAAAUUCUUUAAAAUCAGCAUUUUUAUUUUAUGGGAUGGUGUUUUGGUGAUAUGGUUUCAAAUUUUAAAAAAUAAAAAAUAAAUAUCAAAAAUAUUAAAAUAAAAUAUGAUAUUUUGGUCAUUUUCUUUCUUGAGUGAUAUUUUUGUGAUAAUUUUUUUUUUAAAAAGUUACUUAAGACAAUUGCCCUAAAGAGAUUGAUAUAAUACAUAUCCGACUUACGGACCAAAAAGUCAAGCGAAUACAUUUAGAGCAUCUUUAUCGCUCACUUUUGAGCGUUUCUUAGAGGGGAGGGCCCACAGUUCAGAAGAAAACGGUAUGUUAUGUAUGCAAAAUAAGAGACGUGUGUUGUGUAUUUUUUGCACUGUUCGUGGAUCUCACCGACAUGUGGCGGUCCGCAAUUGAUGUGCUUUUUUUUUAAAUCAGAAAAAAAUAAAAAAUAAAUAAGAAACCCUUAAUGGGGUUUAGGGAUAAAGAUGCUAUUAUGUAUGAAAACAAAAUUCUAAACGUGUUAUAUUUAAUAUAGGAAAACAAAAUUCUAAACGUGUUUAGGAUUUCUAUUUAAUAUAGGAGAUAUUAACAGGCUAUAUAUACAUGUAUAUGCCAUAAACACAUGAUUUCAUCCGUAUUCAAUUGAGAAAAACAUAAGGGGUUAUUCAAAAGAAUAACAUCUAGUUAAUUGCAUACUCUAAUAUAUUAAUAUGGAACUACCAAAGGAGUCAAUCCUGUCUGCUCCGCCGCAACCAUCUCGGACGUCGUUUUCAUCACUACCAGAGGACAUCGUUUUGAGUAUAUUGGCUCGCAUAUCGACAUCGCAUUACCCUAAACUCUCUUCUGUCAGCAAGAGCUUCCACGCGCUCAUACCCUCGAAGGACCUCAAGCAUGCGCGAUCCCGCCAUGAAACAAGAGAAAAUCGUGUUUUUGUCUGCCUACAAUCGCACAUCCAUCCGUGUAACCACAGAUGGUUCAGUCUGUGGAUAAAACCUGAUGAUCAUCAAACCCUAACGCAUCCGUGUAACGAUAGAUGGGUCGGUUUCUGGACAGACCCUGACCAGCAUCAAACCCUAGCAUGUUGCGUGAGCGAAGACAAAACUACCAGAAAUUUGCUGGUACCAGUUCCGUCUUCUUAUUCUACCUACUUACCAAAGCUCUAUGAAAUGGCUGGUUCAGAUAUAUAUGCAAUAGGUGGCGGACUAAAUCCAUCGUCCUCUACCACAGUGCGGGUCUGUAAGGAGAUAGGUAAAUGGCGUGAAGCCCCUAGCAUGAUGGUUGCUCGUAAGAAUGCCUUUACAUGCUCCGUCAAUGGGAAAAUAUAUGUAAUUGGAGGAUGUGAAUCAGGUGAAUCUGAGUGUUGGGCUGAGGUUUUCGACCCAAAAACUCAAACAUGGGAACCUUUACCGGAUCCUGGCACUAGGCUCCGGUUCUCUUCCAUUAAAAAUCUCGACCCCCACUCAGAUAGAAUUUACUUGAGGACCAAUGAAAAGAACUUUGCUUACCUUAUAGAAGAAAAUAGGUGGGAAGUUGUUGAUGAAAACAUUGGGGAGAGUGAAUGUAAGGUAGAGAAUACUUGGUACAGUUAUGCUGAUGAUGGCUUACACUGGUGGCAUGACACAGAGUAUUGUCAAGAAUGGAGAUUGGUCAAAGGUUUGACGGAGCUUGAUGUGCAUUUUAGAAGAGGAUAUGGAAUGGAAAUAGUUAGUUAUGGUAGAAAACUCGUUAUCUUUUGGGUUGGUUUGACAGAAAUGUUAGAUGAUUUUCCUCUUAGCCUACCACCAUCUGAAGUUUUCUUUUCUGAAAUUUGGUGUGCUGUGGUUUUGCUUGAAAGACGUCAUGAUGAUGAAAUUUGGGGUCAGAUUGAAUGGGUUGAUCUUGUGCUUAGAGUCCCUUGGUCACAAACACUUUUGCGCUGUGUGGAGCUAAUUCAAUGAUCGACAAUAUGCUUUUGCUUAGGGGCUCUUAUUAAUUAAAGAUAUGCUGUUUUUUUUUGGUUUUUGUACUCUUUUUAACUUAGAUUUUUUUUACAACAGUUCAUGUACUGUUUUUUUUUUUCUUUUCUUUUUUUUUGUGGUCAGAUCUUUUACAACAGUUCAGGUAUAUACAUAUAUUGAACUUAAAAUAUACCAAUGGAAUGUAUAAAUGAUAUUCGGACAAGUCAUAAAUACAUGAACCAUAUCAAAUAGUUUCUCAGAAAAAGAAAAAAAAGACAGAACCAUAUGAAAUAAAUUUGGUACCAGCAGGAAAAUUCGGAUACCGGCAAG